CAGAGGGCGCACAACAUUUAUUUGGCGUUACUUCCGGGGUUAAGUUGAGCGGAGUGUCCUGUGCAGUUCAUUUCUUUCACGCCUUUCCUGAGAUUUUUUGCCGCAACCAUGAGUGUCAAGUACUACUAUUCGAGUGUCACCGGUAAUAUUGAGAUGAAAAAGAAACAGCAACACAUUGAAAUGAUUCUGGACUCAAAGAAAGUUCAGUACGAAAAAAUUGAUGUUGCUGCCGAGGAAGAACAGAAGAAGAAGAUGAGAGAUUUGAUUGGCGAUCAGGCUGCAUUGCCUCCCCAGCUCUUCAACGGUGACACUUAUCUUGGCGACUUUGCUGCAUUUGAUGUUGCAGUCGAGGAAGGGUCUUUGGAGAAGUUCCUGAAGCUAUAAAUGUCUGCAGAUGGUCCACUUUUAAUAACAAAAAAAAUCUGAAACCUUUGCUCAGGUACAUUAUUUUUCUCCGGUAGUUUCACCAGCACAGAUCCUUCUUUCUUUUAUCGCCAAAUAUUGUUGUUUAGGCUCUUUUAAGCAUUGCUUUGUUGGAAAAAAUGAGAGAAGGACAAUCAGAGAAAAAAAAUACUGCAUUUUGAAUUGCGAUUACAUCAUGUAGUUAUAGGUUCAUUUAUAGAAACAUAGUUAUUCUAGGUAGAUCGAUUACCAUAUUUUGUAAGUUCCUACCCCUACUUGAUAUCACAUAACGCUACACUACUGUAUUUUUGAGAAAUAUACGACUCACUUAGAACUAAAACUCUAUUUUGUUAAGUUGCAAUACAUUCCACUCCAGUAACUUUCAAGUUUGUUGCAUAAAUUCGCGACUUGUUAAAUUGAAUAUGAAUUUUGGUGCUCAGCAAGAUGCAUGUAACAACCACAAGUAGUUAGUAGAAAUGGGUUACCACGAUCUUGGAUAAGAAAAAGGGAUCUUUAAUUAAAUAAAUCUGGUUAGAAAAUUAUUUAGAAAACCUUGGGGAAGGUUUCUUUUUCCUUAUUACUUACUAGAUGUUUCUUUAGCUGUACCACUGGUAAAACUAAAAACAUAAGUCCACUAUAAUUAAAAGGCAAAUUCGAAAAUCAUGGCAACUGAACACCGAAUUAACCGAACUACAACUUCAGAUUUUUCCAGUUAAAUACAUUCCACUUCGACGCCUGAUGCACAAAUUUGCUUUUUGGGGUUCUCAAUUUGUAAAUUAUCAUCGCAUUACAACUUUUAGUAAAUAGUUCCCUUGGCACACACUCUACAAGCCUGUCGGUGGAAAAUAGAAUAGCAUGAGAACUAGACAGACGUUUGAUACAAUUGUUAUUUUUUGGUAAUUUUGAUAAUUUUUUUGGCACUCGUUAACUCGCAAGCGAAUAAUGUGAAAGAGGAAUUAAAAUUCCGUCAUAUUUGUGAAAGUUUGGUUAAAUUACAUUGUUGAUUAUACUCUCACCACAUUACUACAAUUUUCUUCAAAUUAAGAGAGUACAUAGAAAUGAUAUUAGAUUAGUUCAAACUUAAUCUUCAGCGGUUUAAAGGUCUUAUAUAAAAGGUGUUUAUUUUUUAUUGUACUACUUUCUUUUAAAGAAAUAAUGUUUUGGUGACAAAUUUUAUUUUUUAUUUUUCAUGGGUUAACUAAUUGAUUUACUUGUUUUUAUUGAUGGAAUGGUUAAUCUUUUGAAUUGUAACGAUUACAUCUGAAUAAUGUAAUGAAUUAUAGGUUGACCUUUUUGCAUCGGAGGGCAGGUCUUUGUUCCUCUGUGAUACGCAUGAGUGGACGUAUUGUACUUCCUUGUCACUCAAUUUAAAUGACAAAGCCUGUCCUCCUUGAGGGCGCACUGUGCAAGGAGUCUGUACAUUAACCUGAACUCCCUCUAGAGGCGUUUUUACAAAGGACCUUCUAUGAAAAAAUGUCGGCUAACAUCCAACAUCCGGCAUUACCAGUAUGGCACUUUCUUUGAACAUGAACAAAACUGGAACAUGAAAUCUUAUGUAACCCCCCAAAAAAUCCGCAGAAAUCAAUCAAAAUCUGGUGUUGGAUCUUAACAAUUCAGCUAAAAUGCAACACCGGGCAUUAAUGGUAUGGAACAUUUUUGAAUUUGAAUCAAAUUUCAUGACUUCAAACUCCAUGGAGAGAAAAAGCACCAUGGCUCUCCAUCCUUAAUCCAUCAAAAUCAAUCAAAGUCACUUGUUGGAUUUUGGGCAGAUUCGGGAGGUAUUGGGUGAAUGCAACCUAGUUUAGGACUUUGUUCACAUGUAUUUGGUGUAUUUAUCAACAGCACGUACACAGUCAUAUUAGUUGCACGUUUUUAUAUCCACAUUAUUGAAAUAAAGAACAUUAUUGGCAAAAA